GCGCACGCGCAGCCCCUCCGAGCUGGCCAGACAGCUGCGCACGCGCAGUCCAUCCUCACUCUCUUCGUCAGUCCCGGCCCAGCCCGGGGCCCCGCCCCCGCAGGCCCUGCCCCGCUCCCGUGCGCAUAACGUCCCAUAUCCGGGUUCCCGCCGCCUCCACCUCUGCCGCUUCAGUCGCUUCGCACAUUUAGUCUUGCUGGGAGUGGUGUGAUUCCCGACCAAGAUGGCGGCCGUGGGGCGAGUCGGCUCCUUCGGUUCUUCUCCGCCAGGAUUAGGCUCGACUUACACGGGCGGCCCCUUGGCCAACGAGAUAGCGUCAGGCAACGGUGGCGCCGCGGCAGGGGACGACGAGGACGGGCAGAACCUUUGGUCCUGCAUCCUCAGCGAGGUCUCCACCCGCUCGCGCUCCAAGCUCCCUGCGGGGAAGAACGUGCUGCUGCUGGGUGAAGAUGGAGCUGGAAAAACAAGCUUAAUAAGAAAAAUUCAGGGAAUAGAGGAGUAUAAGAAAGGAAGAGGAUUGGAAUAUUUGUACUUAAAUGUUCAUGAUGAAGACAGAGAUGAUCAAACAAGAUGUAAUGUAUGGAUCUUAGAUGGAGACCUAUAUCACAAAGGCCUCCUUAAAUUUUCACUGGAUGUCAUAUCUCUGAAGGAUACUCUAGUUAUGCUGGUUGUUGACAUGUCAAAGCCUUGGACUGCUUUGGAUUCUUUACAAAAAUGGGCAAGUGUUGUUAGAGAACAUGUUGACAAACUGAAAAUUCCUCCUGAAGAAAUGAAACAAAUGGAACAAAAGUUGAUUAGAGACUUCCAAGAAUAUGUAGAGCCAGGAGAAGACUUCCCGGCGUCUCCCCAGAGAAGAAAUACUACAUCACAAGAAGACAAAGAUGACAGUGUAGUUUUACCUCUGGGUGCAGAUACACUUACACAUAACUUGGGCAUUCCAGUACUAGUAGUUUGCACAAAGUGUGAUGCUAUUAGUGUAUUGGAGAAAGAACAUGACUACAGAGAUGAACAUUUUGAUUUUAUUCAGUCACAUAUCCGGAAGUUUUGUUUACAGUAUGGUGCAGCACUUAUUUACACUUCAGUAAAAGAGAACAAAAAUAUAGACUUAGUAUAUAAAUACAUCGUUCAGAAACUAUAUGGAUUUCCCUAUAAGAUUCCUGCUGUUGUUGUGGAAAAGGAUGCAGUAUUUAUUCCAGCAGGGUGGGAUAAUGAUAAGAAAAUAGGAAUAUUACAUGAAAAUUUUCAGACAUUAAAAGCAGAAGAUAAUUUUGAAGACAUCAUAACUAAACCACCUGUUCGAAAGUUUGUACAUGAGAAAGAAAUUAUGGCAGAAGAUGAUCAAGUGUUUCUUAUGAAGCUACAGUCCCUUUUAGCCAAGCAACCACCAACUGCAGCUGGAAGGCCUGUGGAUGCCUCACCAAGAGUUCCAGGAGGCUCCCCUCGAACCCCAAAUAGAUCUGUGUCAUCCAAUGUUGCCAGCGUGUCACCCAUCCCUGCUGGGUCAAAAAAAAUUGAUCCAAACAUGAAAGCUGGAGCUACAAGUGAAGGCGUCCUGGCAAAUUUCUUCAACAGUUUAUUGAGUAAAAAGACUGGCUCUCCAGGAGGCCCUGGUGUGAGUGGUGGUAGCCCUGCAGGUGGGGCUGGAGGUGGAAGCAGUUGUUUACCACCAUCUGCCAAAAAGUCAGGCCAGAAGCCUGUCUUAGAUGUUCAUGCAGAACUAGACAGAAUCACACGAAAACCAGUUACAGUUUCUCCCACAACACCUACAUCUCCUACGGAAGGAGAAGCUUCUUGAAGAUACCAAAUAAAGCCAUUUAUUCAGUUUUCUGGGAUAAUGUAAACAUGCCUCUGCCUUUUCCUUCAAAAAUGGAAUUAGAAAGCUGGAGUGCUUCUUCAGAUGGACUAAAUGUAUGUCUUGUGUGUGUGUGUGUGUGGUUGCCCGUUUUUUAUAAGGCGCUAUACAGAAGAAAAAUUACUCUACGUUAUGUAGGAUUGCUAUUUGCAUUGCUAUUUUGCAUAAGGAAGUAAUUUUUGAUUUUGAAAAUCUCAAAACUUUCAGAUCGGAAAUACAACCAUGUGAUCGAUCAUAUUCUAAAGGCUAUUUAAAACAUGUAGAAGAGUUUAGGAGAAGGGCAGAAAACAUGCAGAUUGGGCAUUUGACUGACUUGUAAGUCUAAGCUUAUUUUAGUUAUAACUAUUAAAAUCAUUUUUAAAAAUUUGUCAGUUCUGCUGACAGAAAAAAAUUGUCAGAUUUUGCACACCAACAUAAAUGUACCACCACACACAGAAAUGCUGAGAGAACUGUCAGACAGCAUUUGACACACUAGUCAUUGUCUCAAUCACUGAUCUGUAAGUUGUCAUCAAAAUAUGAUUUAGAAAUAUUGGUCAAGGUGUUUCUUUAACUGAGAAGAAAAGAAAGCACACUGCCUAAAUGUGUAAAAGAAAAAUGCAGAGGUUAUUAAAAUGUAAAGAGGUAACAAUCUUUGGAUUUGUCUAUACAUAUAUAUAUAUUUGGCUUUGCCUUAAUAUACCCCUUUUUUGUUUGUGACUUUGAACUGUAAUCAGUUAAUAAAGUAUUUAUUCUCUGCAUUCAGGUUCAAA